GUAUCAGCUUCAAUUCCAUUCAAAGAUCAACACCACAAACAAAGUAAUUAAAAGCUUUCAUCGAUUCACACUUAACUCGUCAUGAAGACAGUCAUUGCAGAAGUUGGAGCCAUGGACAUGGCCAAGUGCUUGAUGUUGCUAUCUAAAGUCGGCGAAACCGGUUCUGGCAACCGGGUCUUUGCCUGCAAAACAUGCAAGAGGGAGUUCUCGUCGUUUCAGGCUUUAGGGGGGCACAGAGCCAGCCACAAGAAGCCAAAAUUGAUGGGAGACGAGUUGUUUAAUAAUUCCCAGAUGGCUGCUUCUCCUAAGAAGCCUAAAACACACGAGUGUUCGAUUUGUGGGCUUGAGUUUGCCAUCGGCCAAGCUCUCGGUGGCCACAUGAGGAGACACAGGGCCGCUAUGACUGGUGAUGCGUUGGUUACUCGACCUCUUUUGCCGGUUCCAGUGCUGAAGAAAUCGAAUAGUAGCAAGAGAGUUUUGUGCCUGGAUUUAAACUUGACGCCGUUGGAGAAUGAUUUGAAGUUAUGGGCGGCUUAGAUUAGUUGAUUGUUUAUUGAUUCAGUCUUUAGAUGAUAGAUUUUGAUUUUUCUUCUUUCAAUUCACCAACCUGUUAGGAUUUUGGCGGGGAAUUAUUCAUUUAACAGUCUUGUAUAUGAAUCAGAAAUAUAUAAUACACAUAGCUUGUUUUAGUGAGAUAUUA